AUCGAAUCGAACUGUCCUCUUUUCCAAAAUUAAAUUUAGUUCUUGAACGUUACACGGAGACGGAGCACACAGCCGUUGGCGGCCGACGUUCACAGGUAGCACUACCAUGCCGUCCGAGCGCGGUGUUGCCUUUCUUUCAUCACGGCUCGUAGUUGACGUCGGCUGUGGUUUUCUCAUAUGACAGCAACCUGAAGGCUAGAAACGCGUCUUUUUAUUAACGACCAUUCAACGGAACCGGUUGCUGACGUCAUCACAUCAGCUGUCAACCAUGAGUUCACCGGAUCCAUCAGUGAUGGAAUCAACCGGUGAAUUAAAGAAUAUACCUAUACACCUUAUGUUUUGUGGUGACAAUCUGACAAUAACAACAUAACCUAACAAAGUUAUGCCCAGAAAGAAAUAAUAACCCUUUUUCUGAUAAUUUCAACAAAUUCCGUUAAAUGAUGUAUAUCCACAUGCAUAUCUGGAUAAUUGCUUCAAAUUUACAAUUCCUGUAUUUGUGAUCAGAAUUAUUUUGAGCUCAAAAUGUCCGACAGGAAAAUGAUGUAUGCCUUUCGAGGCUGGAUAGCCUUUGUAGCCUUCAUGGAUCUAGGAACAGCAGUUAGAAGUUACAUUGAAAAAAGAUCAUUUCUAAGUAGAACAAUCAACGAUGUACAACAGUAUAUAGAUGAGGAAUAUACUACCUCAAGAAUCUUGGGUCUCUAUUCGGUAUUGAAGGCCUUAGCUCUGAUACACUGUACUUUAUACAUACACUAUAAACCGAUUGUUAGCAUGGGAGUUUGCUCCCUGAUAUUAACAAUUAUAUUGUAUUCAACAGAAACAAUCUACUUCAGAGCAGCAACAUUGAAUUUUUAUGUUGUAUUUCCCUUCAUUCUAAAUGUAGUUACACUGGGAGGAUUGGUUUAUCUCCCAAUACGUUUGAAAAUAUGGGACGUAAAUGUAGAAGAUGAAGAGAAUGUAACAUUGAGAUUGAACACGAAAAGGAAGAGAGCAGCUAGGAAAAAUAACUGAAAUCUUUGCAGGACAUAAAUUGCUAAUUUUCGUAGCAAAGGCUAGUCGAGAGAUAGAUCACCACCGGAUCUAAUAGAAGAACCAGCUAAUAUUUUAGAGAUACGUCACUUGACUAGGAUUAUUUAUGCACACAACCUAUGAUAGUAUUCACCGAUGGUCUAUUCAAAUUCAGGAUAGAGUAAAUGUUAGGAUUAUGAUCAAAAAGUCUGUGUCUGGUUCUCUAGAAACAUUUUUUUUAAAAUAAGCAGUGAUAAUUUAGGCAACCUUGAGUAAUCUUCAAGCACUAUUGAUGAUAAUGUUUGUAUGAUUUUGUGUUGUGAUUUUUAUGUAACUGAAAUGCAGUACCAGCCAUGUUUCAUGGUAUGUUUACUCUACACGUGAUUUGAAUUGACUAUACUAAUAGUGUCAAUUUUCGUCCAAUUGUGGAAUAACAGUUUAACAUUUACAGUGCUUUUUCGAGAUAUUUACCUGCAUUUUGAAUAUCAGGCAGUUGCAUUAGGCUGUGAUUCAUCGAUUAAAAUUGCUCAUGAUAUAAUAUACGCAUUUUAUAACUAAUACACAUAUCUUGGUAUAAAGAUCGAUUCUCUACUUAUUGUAAGAGUCAAACAUUAUCAUUCUAGUCAUUUCUUAAAUCACUUUAAUAAUGUGUUAUAAAGAAUAAUGCGGGUGUAAAGUUUAUGUUUUGACACUAAAAAAUUCAUUUACAUUUUUUGUGAAGCAUCUAAACUAAGCCAUUCAAUAUUGUUUACACUUUUUUUUUGGCAUUAGAACUAUUGUUUACACUUAAUACAUUUUACAUUCAAAACUAUCCUUUUCAAUCACUAAAAAAUACCUCAUUAUAUGCCAUAUUAGAAUUAGGAUUGCUUGUUUUUGCUUACCUUUAUUGUUGAAC